UCUUGGGUAGAGGGGAUGUGAGGGAAGACCCGGGGUGCUCCGGGCAUAGAGGAGCCCGGGGGACCCGGGGGAUUCCAGCCGGGGUUCAGGCUGGAGGCAGGAGCUCUGAGGGAGCGGUGGCUGAAGGAGAAGCGGAGGAUGAGGAGGGAUUCCAGAGUGGGGCAGGAACUUCUGGCUUGUGGUGGAGGGGAUCACAAGCCUGGAGGAGGGUGGGGAGGAGACGGGAGGCUCCGUGAUCGCCGCGGAACCGGCUGGCAGGCAGAGCUUGGUGCCCACGCUGCUCCUGGGCAUCCCUGGCUCCUCCCGCUGCUGCUGUCAGUAAUGCACGGCAGAUCCCACACGCUGCUCGGGGGUGGCACGGAAAGGGACGCCCGGGACAGCCCCCAAUGGCUGUGACAAACCCAGAGCACGGGCACUCAAACCCGCUGUUUCCCCAGGACGCUGCGGGUAAAGCUGUGUGUUCCCAGGCGGGAGCGGUGGCGAAGGAGAUGCUCCAGGUGUCGGUGCUGGAAGCAGGAUGAAUCUCGUGGCGAUGGCGACCGACCCCGAGCUCCAAUGGGUGUCCCUGUGGCUCCGUGUCCGCUGGGCGGCCGUGCUGGUGCUGCUCCUGAGCUCCCUGGUGAUGCUGCUGCUGCCGCUGGCCGCCGUGGACAACCAGUGCCACGCUGUGCUCAAGGGCCUGUCCUUCCUGAAGAGUAAACUGGGCUCCUCGGGAAUCACCAGGUUGACAGGACAGAGCACGGAGCUGAGCGUGACCUCCAAGGGGCUGGAGCUGAUGGUGCUGAAGGGAAAAGCCUCCCCAGAGGUGAAGUUGGAAGCCAGAGCAGCUCUGAAUCAAGCCCUGGAGAUGAAGCGCCAAGGGAAGCGGGAGAAGGCGCACAAACUCUUCCUGUACGCCCUCAAGAUGGACCCGGAUUACGUGGAUGCCCUGAACGAGUUCGGGAUCUUUUCUGAGGAGGAAAAAGACAUCCUGCAGGCCGACUAUCUGUACUCCAAAGCUCUGACCAUCUCCCCCCACAACGAGAAGGCUCUGAGCAACCGGGGCCGGACGCUGCCCUUGGUGGAGGAGAUCGACCAGAGGUACUUCAGCAUCAUCGACAGCAAGGUCAAGAAGGUGAUGGCCAUUCCCAAAGGGAAUUCCGCCCUGCGCCGGGUGAUGGAGGAAUCCUACUACCACCACAUCUACCACACGGUGGCCAUCGAGGGGAACACGCUGACGCUCUCGGAGAUCCGGCACAUCAUCGAGACCAGGUACGCCGUUCCCGGGAAGAGCCUGGCGGAGCAGAACGAGGUGAUCGGGAUGCACGCGGCCCUCAAGUUCGUCAACACCACGCUGGUGUCGCGCAUCGGCUCCGUCACCAGCAGGGACAUCCUGGACAUCCACCGGCGCGUGCUGGGCUACGCCGACCCCGUGGAGGCCGGGCGGUUCCGCGCCGCGCAGGUCUUCGUGGGCCACCACAUCCCGCCGCACCCGCAGGACGUGGAGAAGCAGAUGGAGGAGUUCGUGCAGUGGAUGAACUCGGAGGACGCCAUGAGCCUGCACCCCGUGGAGUUCGCGGCGCUGGCGCACUACAAGCUGGUGUACAUCCACCCCUUCGUGGACGGCAACGGCCGCACCUCGCGGCUGCUGAUGAACCUGAUCCUGAUGCAGGCGGGAUACCCGCCCAUCACCAUCCGCAAGGAGCAGCGGGCCGAGUACUACCACGCGCUGGAGGUGGCCAACGAGGGCGACGUGCGGCCCUUCAUCCGCUUCAUCGCCAAGUGCGCCGAGACCACGCUGGACAUGCUGCUCAUCGCCACCACCGAGUACUCCGUGGGGCUGCCCGAGGCCGGAGGCGCCGCCGGCUGCGAGCAAACCAUCCCCGUCAAGACUUGAGGGGGUUUUUGGGCCACCGAAUUGCUGGCGAAGAGAGCUCCGAGCUACUCAAGUGUUCCUGCUGGGAAAGGACUGGAUAGAGGUGUUCACUUGGGCGUUUUGGUUAUUUAAAGUGUCUUACAUUUGAUUAAAUUAAUGUAAUUUA